AUGACUGUGUACAGUACAGUGGCGAUCAAAUUGAAGGUAUAUAUUGACAACAGCAAGGAAAGCUGCCAGACGCGCGAGUGCAACGGUGGAAACCUGCUCGCAGACGCGGUGUUUGACUACUUUUCUGAGGUGGCCGUCGCCGGCGCCUGGAGCCAAAUUAAUGCCGUGGUCAUUAACGCGGGCUCCUUGAGCAGCAGCUUCGAUGAGCGAACCAAAAGUGGAGAGGUGCGGCUAGAGGACGUGUUCCAGAUGUUCCCGUACAACGACCACUACGUCUUCGUCACGAUGCGGGGGACCACACUCCAGAAUAUGAUGGAGCACUCGGGCAGAUAUACCUCGCCCUACACGAAGUUUCUGCAAAUCUCUGGCAUGCGUGUGCGGUACAAGGCCAAGGCUGGUGUCAACGAGAGCAUCGUGUCCAGCCUGCUCAUCCUGUGCACGUCUUGCCGCACGCCCACAUACGAGCGCGUCAUUUCGAUACAGUGGUACACGGUGGCCAUGAGUCGGUUCCUCGCUAACGGUGGCGACGGCUACGACUUCACGCGAGUGCCACGGGGCUACAAAGUUCCAAGCAACAUAACCGACGACAUCAUAAUGCGCCAGUACCUGAAGAAGCGCUCACCCAUCAUGCCCAUGCUGGAUGGCCGUAUCUCCCACCGGAGUCGUACGCAAGCGCUCGGCGCCCCCUACUGGACGUGGAUAUCACUGCCGGGCCUGUGGGCUGUCGCGGCAGUGGCUCUAGUGUCCUCCGCCUGAACGCGCUUCUGCAGCGCCCAAAGCUCGUUCGCUCAGUGCAUCGUUCCUUAUUCCAUCGGAGCGUCUGCAAGCGCAUUCAUUUUCCUGUUCCAUGUCCUGCGUACAUUUCCACGAGGACGCCCUAACUUUGUGUAAUUCAAAUCUUCAUGCCUGCCCGUCGUCCUUGUACACGUGCUGUGCCUCUUUUUUUUUAUUUUCAAGUUGCCAGGCUUUUCUUUGUUAAAAUCGAGGUAUUAUGCGUA